AAAGCAAGUGGCCUAGUUAGGCUAGUUGUCACAUAUUGGAAGUUUUGACUUAGAUCAAAACUAAGAGCAGCUCUAUUACCUACUUAGUUUUUAAACCAAAUUUACAAACUAAGCAUCAAAAUUAACCCACUUCUGAUUUCCUUUCGGAAAGUAGUAUUUACAGGUGAUUAGUGGCGUUUGGUAAGAUAUCAAUCCAUUAACUUCAGUCCAAUGGGAAAAAAAAUUAUGGAAACCGUGAAACAUCUAUGGGAGACAUGGGAUAUUCGUAUCUUGAUGCUCACCAGUCUGUUUAUACAAUCUUUACUUGCAUUUCUUGCACCCUUGCGAAAACGUACUUCAAGUGGGAUUUUCGGGUCUCUAAUGUGGCUGCUGUACUUGUCAGCUGAUGCAGUUGCCCUCUUCACUAUCGGGUUGAUCUCCAGUAGUCAAGACGAUAAGCCGAAGAUAGGAAUUGGGCAUAAUCAAGAACUGUUAGUUUUCUGGGCUCCAUUUCUGCUUUUACAUCUUGGUGGUCCGGACACAAUCACCGCUCUUUCUCUGGAAGAUAACCAGUUGUGGCAUCGCCAUUCGCUUCAGCUGGUUACUCAGGUGGUGGUGACCAUUUAUGUAUUUUCAGUGUCUAUACGUAGACGGAAUGGUUUAUGGGUUCCCAUAGUGCUCAUCUUUGUGGAUGGAUGUAUCAAAUAUGUUGAGCGAACGUGUGCUCUGUAUUCGGCCUGCACAGAAGUUAUCAGAGACUCGCUUCGAGAACCUGUGCCUCCCAACUAUGAUAAGAUGGUUAAUGAGUAUCAUUCUGCUGAUAAUGCUCAUAUUCCAUCCAACUUUGAAGUGAAAUAUGGUCCAUCAGAAGGAAGCACAUGGUCAAAUCAUAGAAGAGAUCAUGUAGCCAGCGACCAGGAUGAAUCAACAGUAAAUGGCGAUGAUAGUCUUUCUCGUUUUAGAUGGAAUACAGUCAAGGAUACUGAUGAAUUAAUUGGAUAUGCUUAUUUCUUUUAUCAAAAGUCCAAAGGGCUCCUUGCUGAUGCUUUUUUAAGCUUAAGAGAUGAUGGUGAAAUUCGCGAAUAUUUCCUCAGUAAACCCGCCGAAGAAGCUUUCAGGAUACUGGAGAUUGAGCUUAACCUCAUUUAUGAUGUCUUACAUACAAAGGUGUUUUUAACAUACAGAAGACGAGGUUGUCUACGUGUUGUUUCAUUCCUCUCAGUUACUGUUUCCUUAUUGCUGUUUUCUUUGAAGGACAAGAGCAAUUACAAGCGCGUUGAUGUUGGGAUAACCUUUGCCCUUCUUGUGGGUGCCAUAUUGUUGGAUAUAGCUGCAAUUAUUAUGCUUAUACGUUCAGAUUGGUGGAUCGUCAUGGUCUCCCAGCAAGGCAUGCCAAAGAUCUUAAAAUCUGUUUGUUUGCAGACGCUUACCUGGUCAAGAUGGAUGAGAAACACAUCUCGUGUUCGAUGGUCUCAAUCCAUUUCAUGUUAUAACUUGCUAAAAUAUAGCUUCAGGCCUCCUACACUACUGUUCGACUUUAUUUUCAUAAAACAGAUCAAGGAUUUUUUUGUUAACUGGCUAUACGUGCAGACAUUGCCAGUUGAUCAACGUACUCUGAAAUUUAUCAUCAAUGAACUACAAGAGAAAGCAAAUUUAGCCACCGAUAGAGAGGCAAUCGAAGAUGUAUGCUCGGCUAGAGGAAAUUUGGUCCUGCAAGACGAUUAUUUCCUUGUUUCUGAGUAUUUGCUUCCUUGGACAGUUGAUGUUGACUAUGAUGAAAGCUUACUUAUAUGGCACCUUGCGACUGAUAUGUGCUACUGGAUGACGUCUGAAGACGAAAGGAACAUGAUGCAUUGCAAACUUUGUAAGGAAUUAUCUGACUAUAUGUCAUAUCUUUUACUUCGACAGCAGACACUUCUAUCCCCACUUGUGGGUAAGUCAGAUGUGCGGUUUGAGCAUACAGUCGAAGACAUCCGAGCAAAAACUUCGAAAUCUAAAGAUCGGAAACAAUCAGUCGAAACGUUGAGUGUACAGUUUUCUGAUGAAGUUCUUACUAGUACAGUAGAUGGUAAAUCAGCUUUAAUAGCAAAGGCAAAAGAUAGCCAAUCUGUGUAUCAUGAAGCAUGUCGCUUGGCUAAGCAACUAAACAUGUUUGGAGACAAGCAGUGGGAGAUAAUGAGCAAAGUUUGGGUGGAAUUACUGUCUUAUGCUGCCAUACAUAGCUCGGCCAGAUCUCACUUGGCUCAGCUCAGCAAAGGUGCGGAACUUAUUACAUUUGUGUGGUUAUUCAUGGUGCAUCUUGGUUUCCGGGAGCCACUCCAGCCAAGUCGUGGUCUUAGGUCUACUAAACUCAUUGUUCAUAAAUGAGAUGUCUGUGACCAAUAGUCGAUGAAAAAGGCUCCCUGUUUCUCAUAUUUUGUCAUAUCUGUUUGGUUUAUCUUCUUUUUGUAGGUUCAAGUUGUAACAUCUUUCUUUCUUUGCGUUACUGUAAUCAAUUUGAUCUGAGAUUAUUUUCUUCUA